GGAUUUGGAGAAGCCUCUCCCUCGGGGCCGCGCCUUCUCCAACGCCGUCUCACGCUGGCAACCCGACUGCUCGGUCGCCUCCUUUCCGCCAAAACAAGAAGCGGAAGGAAAAGGCAAGAGCCCUAAAGUGGCCGCGGCUUUUCCCCCGCCCUGGAAGACGCGAGGUAGGAGGUGCAGAAUUGCGCAACCCUUUGGCUGAGCCGGAGAAGCCGCUGCCUUCCGACCGAGGCCGCGUGGGAACAUCGCGGGCGACUUUUCUCCAUUGUUCUCCGGUCUUUCCCGAGCGGGAAGACUAUGGGUGUAAAGCCAGCGAGGCAGCGGGUUUCCAGCAGCUCUUCUGAUCCUCGGUGGAAAACUGGAUGAUUACUGGAUGCAACUUAAGCGUAUUUACUUUCGUCAUCAUCCCUCUGUAAUUGGUUUCUUGGGAAGAAGCGGCUCGCCAACAAAAGUUUUAAUAGUCCGGGGAUCCUCGCCGUCCCGUAAAGACUUGGGCUGCCAUCCUAAACGCGUUGGACCCCCGCCGGAUUGUUGCAACUUUUUCGAGGAAGAAGCUGAACCAGAGACCAGAAAGGAGUUUCAGGCUAGAUAUCAGGAGGAACUUCCUGCCUCUACAAGCUGUUAACCAGUUGGACACACUGACACAUGAAGUGGCAAGAGUGCAGGUUUGAAGAUGCUACUUGCAAGAUAUCAGAAUCUGAUACUGAAGACUUAUCGGAUGAAGCAAAUACUGAAACUUUAUAUGGAACCUCCCCUCCUAGCACACCACGGCAGAUGAAACGCCUGUCAACAAAACAUCUGAAAAGUAACAUUGGGAAACCUACCAACCGUUCUGCUUUGAAAGAGAAAAUGAGCUCACCCAACCAGCUGCCUAACAAAGAUAAUAUUAAAAUCUCCGAGAACUCAGAAGAGCACAGCUAUAAGCAGGGGAAAAAGAUCCGAGCCACCCUAAGGACAACUGAGAGGGAUCACAAGAAAAACGUACAGUGUUCAUUCAUGUUGGACUCAGUUAGUGGGUCCUUACCAAAAAAGUCGAUUCCGGAUGUUGAUCUCAAUAAGCCUUACCUCAGCCUUGGCUGCAGCAACGCUAAGCCUCCAGUAUCUGUACCCGUGCCUAUAGCCAAAACUACACGCCAGACGUCUCGUACCGAUUACCCAGCAGAUCGCUUAAAAUUUUUUGAGACCCUGCGGCUAUUGCUAAAGCUUACCUCAGUUUCCAAGAAAAAGGACAAAGAGCAGAAAGGCCAGGAAAGCACUUCCUCUGUUGAAUUAAACCGAUCCAAUGAAUUAAUCUGGCUUGAACUGCAGGCAUGGCAUGCAGGGCGGACUAUUAAGGACCAAGACUUCUAUUUGUACACAGCUCGUCAAGCCAUCCCUGAUAUUAUCAAUGAAAUUUUUACUUUCAAGGUAAACUAUCGGAACCUCUCCUGUGUGGGAAAUGGAGCUAGUCUUAAUGGUACGUCGGCAAGACAGUGUAAAGCAGCCCAUGGAGCUAAUGUAAUGGGCUACUCAAGCUAUCACGAGCACCUCCAUCGCCAGCGGGUCUCUUUUGAACAGGUAAAGCGGAUAAUGGAGCUGCUAGAAUACGUAGAAGCACUUUAUCCAUCUCUGAAGGCCCUUCAAAGUGACUAUGAAAAAUAUGCUGCAAGGGAUUUUCAGGACAGGGUGCAGGCACUUUGUCUUUGGUUAAACAUUACAAAAGAUUUAAACCAGAAACUAAGGAUUAUGGGGACUCUUUUGGGCAUCAAGGAUCUUUCUGACAUUGGCUGGCCAGUGUUUGAAAUCCCUUCUCCUCGUUCAUUCAGGGACAAUGAUCCAGAGGAUGAAGUUUACGAUGAAGACGAUGAUGAUGAUAGGGUAACCUCAGGUGCAUGCACAGAGGAAAGUGAAGAUGAAGAACAAAUCUCUGAGGAGAAAAUGGAGGAACUCAGACAAGCCUUCCGGAAUAAUCUUGCCAAUACAAAUUUUGACUUUGAGGCACAGGAACAUUUGUCAAGAAAGCUUGAUAGGCUUGAAUCUGAAGAUGACUCAACCUGCCGGGCAGUUACGGAGUCCAGCAGAGAGACAGGCUAUGGCAGACCUUGUUUCACCUCUAUUUAUAGGCCAUUUGUAGAUAAAGCACUGAAACAGAUGGGGUUGAGGAAACUCAUUUUAAGACUGCACAAGUUAAUGCAUGGCUCCUUGCAGAGGGCCCGAAUGGCAUUGAUAAAGAGCGAUCAGCAGCUAGAGUUUUCUGAAUACCCAGAUCCCAUUUUAUGUUCAGAUUAUGUGCAGUUGUCAAAUUCUCCGGCUUCUUCAGAUCAAAAAUGCAGUACUGUAUCAUGGGAAGAGUUGAAAUCUAUGGAUUUGCCAUCUUUUGAACCUGCCUUUCUGGUUCUUUGCCGAGUUCUUCUCAAUGUUAUCCACGAGUGUCUCAAAUUAAGAUUGGAACAGCAGCCUGCUGGGGAGCCAUCCCUCUUGAGUAUUAAGCAGCUAGUGCGCGAGUGUAGAGAGGUUCUAAAAGGUGGCCUCCUGAUGAAGCAAUAUUACCAGUUUAUGUUACGUGAGGUUGUUGAUGACCUUCAGAAGCACUGCAACAUCGACUCCUUCGAAGAAGACUUGCAUAAGAUGUUAAUGGUUUAUUUUGAUUACAUGGGAAGCUGGAUCCAAAUGCUACAGCAGUUACCUCAGGCAUCUCAUAGUUUAAAGAAUCUUUUGGAAGAAGAAUGGAAUUUCACCAAAGAAAUAACGCCUUAUAUACGAGGAGGUGAAGCUCAAGCUGGACAACUAUUCUGUGACAUUGCAGGAGUACUAUUAAAAUCAACAGGAAUCUUUUUGGACUCUGGCUUACAAGAGAGCUGUAAUGAAUUUUGGGCUAGUGCUGAUGACAGUGUUGCUUCAGAUGAAAUCAGGAGGUCUGUUAUAGAAACUAGCCGGGCAUUGAAAGAGCUAUUUCAUGAAGCUAGAGAGAGAGCAUCGAAAGCUCUUGGCUUUGCCAAGAGAUUAAGAAAGGACCUUGAAAUAGCAGCGGAGUUCACAUUAUCUGCCUCUGUGAGAGAUUUCCUUGCUGCUCUGAAAGCACAGCAGUACACAAAGGUACAAAUUCCUGGGCUUGAAAAUUUACAAAUCUUCGUGCCAGAUACUUUUGCACAGGAAAAAUCUCUUAUCUUGCAGUUGCUUAAUGCAGCUGCUGGAAAGGAUUGCUCGAAAGAUUCUGAUGAGGUCACAGGGGAAUCGUUUUUACUGAUGACAAAAUACAGUGAAAAAGACCAAGAAUUUGAUGAUAGCUGGAGCACUUGGGAAGGCCAGCCAAUCAAAAUAGUUCCUCAAGUGGAAACUAUUAAUACACUAGGAAGUAUGCAGGUUGACAACCUCCUCCUUGUGGUAAUGCAGCCGGUUCAUCUUGUGAACCAGAGAAAAGCCUUUCAGCAGUUACUUGAAGGACUGAUCUCUUUGCAGCAGGAGCAAACUUCCAGCCAACCAGAAAUUGCCACAGCUUUACAACAGUUGAAGAGUGAUGCUUUACACCUGUGCAAUAAGAUCAGCAGCGCAAUCGAUAGAGUUGAUCAUAUGUUCACUUCCGAAUUUGAUGCUGAACUUGAUGAAUCAGAAUCUGCCACCCUGCAGCAAUAUUAUAGAGAAGCCAUGAUUCAGUGUUACAACUUCGGCUUUGAGUAUCACAAAGAAGUCAUCCGACUAAUGUCUGGAGAAUUUAGACAGAAAAUAGGAGACCAGUAUAUCAGUUUUGCAAGAAAAUGGAUGAAUUAUGUCCUCACUAAAUGUGAGAGUGGACGAGGCACCAGACCCAGGUGGGCAACACAGGGGUUUGAUUUUCUUCAAGCCAUUGAACCAGCCUUUAUUUCUGCUCUGCCUGAAGAUGAUUUCUUGAGUUUGCAGUCAUUGAUGAAUGAAUGUAUUGGCCAUGUUAUUGGAAAGCCUCACAGUCCUGUUACAGGUUUGUACCUUGCUAUUCAUCGGAAUAGCCCUCGCCCCGUGAAAGUACCCCGAUGUCAUAGUGAUCCCCCAAAUCCUCACCUCAUCAUCCCAACACCUGAAGGGUUCAGCACAGUCUUUGCACUCCUGGGGAAAACACAACUUUCUCUCCAACCUUGCUUUUCUUCUCACUGCAGCACAAGGAAUAUCCCAUGUGAUGUACGGAACCAUUGCAGCUCUGCUUUCAGUCGCCCCACUCCUGUUGGGAGUGACUCAACUCAGCCAAAACCCGUCAGCAGUACAAAUGACCUCAGGGGCUCCAGUGUUCCUGAAAAUGAUCGCCUGGCUUCAAUUGCUGCUGAACUACAGUUUAGAUCACUAAGCCGACAUUCAAGUCCCACAGAAGAACGAGAAGAGCCAUCUUAUCCAAAAGGGGAUACAAGUGGAACAGCCCGAAGAAGUUGGGAGCUUCGGACUCUCAUCAGUCAGACCAAAGACACUGCUUCCAGGCAGGGACCUAUGGAAGCAGUUCAGAAGUCUGUCCAGCUGUUUGAAGAAAAGAGGUACCGGGAAAUGAGACGGAAAAACAUCAUUGGCCAAGUUUGUGACACGCCCAAAUCCUAUGAUAACGUCAUGCAUGUAGGCUUAAGAAAAGUCACGUUUAAGUGGCAGAGAGGAAACAAAAUUGGUGAAGGCCAAUAUGGGAAAGUUUAUACCUGUAUCAGCGUUGACACUGGUGAAUUGAUGGCAAUGAAAGAAAUAAGAUUUCAACCCAACGAUCACAAAACAAUAAAAGAAACUGCAGAUGAAUUGAAAAUUUUUGAAGGCAUUAAGCAUCCUAAUCUGGUCCGCUACUUUGGUGUAGAACUUCAUAGGGAAGAAAUGUACAUCUUUAUGGAGUAUUGUGACGAAGGGACCCUGGAAGAAGUGUCAAGGCUGGGCCUCCAGGAGCAUGUUAUUAGGCUCUACACAAAGCAGAUCACAACUGCCAUCAAUGUGUUGCACGAACAUGGUAUAGUGCAUCGAGAUAUUAAAGGAGCAAACAUCUUUCUUACAUCAUCAGGAUUGAUAAAGCUGGGAGAUUUUGGCUGCUCGGUAAAAUUAAAGAAUAAUACCCAGACAAUGCCUGGAGAGGUGAAUAGUACUCUGGGAACUGCCGCAUACAUGGCUCCUGAAGUGAUUACUAGAGCUAAAGGAGAAGGCCACGGGCGAGCAGCAGAUAUCUGGAGCCUUGGAUGUGUUGUGAUUGAAAUGGUCACAGGGAAGAGACCCUGGCAUGAAUUUGAACACAACUUUCAGAUCAUGUACAGGGUAGGGAUGGGACAUAAGCCUCCGAUUCCUGAAAAGAUAAGUCCAGAAGGAAAAGGUUUCCUUUCUCAUUGCCUGGAGAGUGAUCCAAAGAUGAGAUGGACAGCUAGCCAGCUCCUCGAUCAUUCGUUUGUCAAGGUGUGCACAGAUGAAGAAUAAAGCUAUGCACAUGGUUGCCUGUACUCGGGUGAAGUAUUUUUUUGAAUCACUACUAUAUGUAAUAUUUACAUUUGGACUGUGUUGAGACACAGGAUAUGACUCAAGGCCUAACAUGACUGAAGACUGCACAAGUGACAGGCGUCACUUUUACUGCUGCUGCUGUUUGUUUCCCUUGGCACCUGUUGUUCCCCUGGCAGCCCCCAUGAGUUUAAAGAAGCUGCAUGUUUCAGUGAAAGUGCCAUUACUACUGUAUAAUGGACCAUGAACUUAUUUUUGUCCUUUCUCUGUUUCUCAGAUGACUGAGAACUGUAAUGUUAAUAUGUAGGAUUUUUGAACUUUUAGGUUCAAAAACAAAGUUAGUGUUAUAUCAGGCAGUCUGAACUUUAUUUUUAAUCUCCUGUUUGUUGAGUGCACUGACUGUGAACUUCUACUUUUCUGUUUUUUUGUUUCUGUUUUUUAUUGGCCAGCUUGAUUUGUUAUGCAGACGUUGAUUGAAGAAAUUUAAAAGCUUUUUCUCAAUAAAUGGUUUAUUUUAGGAA